CAUUACGAAAUCGCAGCCUAUUCUGAAGUAUUUGAUCUGAGUUGUACCGAUUUGUUAAUGUCUGUUAGCUACUUUUGACUUUUAUGCUCUAGUUCAAUUUAAUUUCACAGAGUAUCACCAUGUCGGUGGCGUUUGCACCUCACAGGCAGCGUGGGAAGGGUGAUAUAACACCCGCUGGAAUACAAAAGUUACUUGAUGAAAACAACCAGCUGAUCCAGUGUAUAAUGGAUUUCCAGAGUAAAGGCAAAACAGCAGAGUGUUCACAGUAUCAACAGAUGCUGCACAGAAAUUUAGUGUACCUCGCCACAAUAGCAGACUCCAAUCAGAACAUGCAGUCUCUCCUCCCUGCUCCACCCACUCAAAACAUGCCUAUGGGCCCUGGUGGGAUGAACCAAAGUGGCCCCCCCUCUCAACCUCCUCAUGGUCACAACAUGCCCUCUGAGGGGAUGGUCAGUGGUGGCCCUCCAGCCCCACACAUGCAGAACCAGAUGAAUGGACAGAUGCCUGGUCCUAAUCACAUGCCCAUGCAAGGUCCUGGUCCAGGCCCCAGUCAGCCCCCAAACAUGCCCAGUGGCUCUAUGAAUAUGCCUCCUAGCAGCCAUGGCUCUAUGGGUGGUUACAAUCACACUGUCCCUUCCUCCCAGGGCAUUCCAGCUCAGAGCCAAAUGAACAUGACCCAAGGCCAGCCCAUGGGAAACUAUGGGCCACGGCCAAACAUGAACAUGCAACCCACUCAAGGCCCUAUGAUGCACCAGCAACCUCCUUCCCAGCAGUAUAACAUGCCUCCUGGUGGUGGUGGACAGCACUACCAAGGACAACAGAACCCAAUGGGCAUGAUGGGCCAGGUCAACCAAGGGAACCAUGUCAUGGGGCAGAGGCCAAUGCCACCCUAUAGACCACCACAGCAAGGACCCCCUCAGCAGUACCCAGGGCAGGAAGACUAUUAUGGGGACCAGUACAGUCAUGCAGGCCAGGGACCCUCAGAAGGUAACGCCCAAUAUGGCCAACAGCAGGAAGCAUACCAGCAAGGCCCUCCCCAGCAACAGGGCUACCCUCCUCAACAGCAGUACCCGGGUCAGCAGGGCUACCCACCACAGCAGCAAGGUUACGGUCCCUCCCAGAGUGCCCCAGGACAGUAUCCUAACUAUCCUCAGGGGCAGGGACAGCAGUAUGGGGGCUAUCGCCCUCCUCAGCCAGGUCCCCCACAGGGCCAGCAGCAACGCCCUUAUGGCUAUGACCAGGGGCACAUGAGGAAAUAAAGACCCGGGGAUUUGAACCCCUGGCUAGCUCUGUAAGAAGCAAAGGCCCAAUAUGGAAAUUACCAGCAAUGAGAGAAGAUCACAGCAACCCACACAGCUCUACUCGGAUCUGAGCUCUGACCUCUGGUCAGCC